UAUGGAGGGAGGAGAGCUGUUCAACAGAAUCCAGGCCAGAGGAGACCAGGCCUUCACUGAGAAAGAGGCUUCUGAGAUUAUGAGGGACAUCGGCACGGCCAUUGAAUAUCUUCACAGCAUUGAGAUCGCACACAGAGACAUCAAGCCGGAGAACCUGCUGUACACCAAUAAAAAUAAAAAGGGGAUCCUCAAGUUAACAGACUUUGGAUUUGCUAAGGAGACGACGCUACACAACCCCCUACAGACCCCGUGCUACACGCCCUACUAUGUGGCUCCUGAGGUUUUGGGUCCGGAGAAAUAUGACAAGUCAUGUGACAUGUGGUCUCUGGGCGUCAUCAUGUACAUCCUGUUGUGUGGCUUCCCUCCAUUUUACUCCAACACAGGCCAGGCCAUCUCUCCAGGGAUGAAGAAGAGGAUCAGGAUGGGGCAGUACGAGUUCCCCAACCCAGAGUGGGCCGAGGUGUCCCAGGAAGCCAAAGAUUUGAUACAGAAGCUUCUGAAGACAGACCCCAACGAGCGAAUGACCAUCACUCAGUUCAUGAACCACCCCUGGAUUAAUAAGUCCAUGGUGGUGCCCUCCACCCCCCUCCACACCACCCGGGUGCUGACUGAAGACAGAGAGCUGUGGGAGGAUGUGAAGGAAGAGAUGACCAGCGCUUUAGCCACCAUGCGCGUGGACUACGACCAGGUGAAGAUCAAAGACCUGGACACCUCCAGCAACCCGCUGCUCAACAAGAGGCGCAAGAAGGCCGCCGCUGGAGCCAAAGGCGGGUCCACGGUAUGCCAGAGUCAGUGAGACUCUGAGGACUGUCCGGGCGGGACAGGAAGUGAAGACGAGAAGCAGCUCAGAGGAAGAGGAGAGGUGGAUUUUUGCAGGAGAAAAUCAUUUGAAGUCAGGGACUCUUGAGAAACUGGAUGAUGAGAAAAGGUUCUCUAAAGUAAGGGGAAACAUAGGAACAAGUCAGAGCUGGACAUUAAUAAGACAUAUCAGGUUGUGAUAAGACGUGUUUCUACUGUCAGUGGAAGAAAUCAACAGCUCUGCUCACUGUGGUUCUUUCUGUUUCAUUUUUAUGUACGUGGUUUUUAGACUGUUUGUAAGUCUGUGUGCAGACAUGAGUAUUUGUUGUAACCGUGUUUUGUGUCUUUGAAUGCUUUGUUGCCUAUUUGAGGUCUCCUUUGUAAUCAUGCACUAGUGUAUAAACCAAACACAGACAGACAAAGCGAGUGUGGACAGACUGAAACCAGAACUCACUUUACGUGCACUGUGGCCAGUUUCUCUUCUGCUGACGAAAAAAAGCAACAUCUCCAUUCAUUUCCACUUAAGAGAGUAUUUUUGGAUGCCCGCUGUUCAUUUUACUCAUCACAUUACAUGACAUUUAUUAUGACGCUUUUAUCCAAAGCAACUUACAAAAAGUGCAAUUAAUCAUAAGGAUACAAAUUCAGAACAGCAAGAAUCCUGCGAGUACAUUACCUUCAAAUCGGCUAAACCAUUUGAAAUACUUUAUAAAGAUUGUAUUUGUCAAGGUGCAGUUGAGCUAUGUCAGUUUUCAGGAGUCUUUCAACCAAUUUGGAGCCACGAUAGUAAAAACUAAACUUGCUUAACCCUGGUCCGACUCAGCUUCACUGCUGUGGAUCACCAUUGUGUCCCCACUAAUGGAGCAAUAAGUAAACAACCUGUCUGCUUCCUGUCCGCAUGCGGCCACAGAGCCUAAUGCAAGCAGCAGUGGGGUAAUGGAUUGUAACAUGUAGGAGUUGUGUCAUUUUCUCUUGAGAAAGGUCUUAUGUGGGAUGAGUAAAUGCAUCCAUGUAUCACAGUUUCACUUCACUUUGAACCCCCCCUUUAGAAAUAUGAUUUGUCCACACUGUUGUAAAUAAAACUUUAUAAAGUAAA